AUGUCGACUCGGCUUGUUCAAGAUCUGACACAUUUGAAUUCAACAACUGCUGAAGAAAUUGCCCAGUAUCUACGAGACCAAGCUUCAGCCGGUCAACCGUUUGUUCAAAUUGGAUCUCGUGCACUGCUGGUAUUGAAUAUCCCCCAGUCGCUCGUGUUUGAUGAAAAAACAUCUAAUCUUUAUGGUACUGCCGUUACCAAUAUCAACAAAAAUGUCGAGUCUGUGUCAAAUCCUCCACCACACAUUUACGAUUUGGCUACAAAUGCCUUUGUUAAUAUGAUGGGUAAACAUACAGAUCAAGCCAUUGUUCUUUGGUAUGUCACUAUGUUGCUGCUGACUGUCUUGUAUUGA